UAAAUUGGUACUUAAAAUUCUUAAAAGAUCGAAGACAGAGAAUAGUUUUCCAAGGAACGACAUGCAAGUGGAAAGAUAUUAACAAGGGGGUUAUGCAAGGAACUGUAACCGGACCACAUUUCUUUAAUUUAUUUAUUAAUGAUUUGGAGAUUAAAAACUGUUCCAACACCCGCCUUGUUAAAUUCGCGGAUGAUUCCUCACUUUUGGUACCGAUUUUGAAGAAUACCCAAGAUUGUAGUUCUAAAGCCAUAGAUGAAUUUAAGGACUGGUCCGAAUCAAACUCUUUACCUUUAAAUGAGGGUAAAUGUAAAGAAAUGAUUAUAUUAAAGAAAGGACGAUCAGAGGAUUGUGUAUCACCAAUUGAUGGUUUUGAACGGCACUCUAGUCUUGAAAUACUGGGGCUAACCUUUGAAAUGACAAGCAGAUUUGAGAAAUGUGUUAAGAAAAAGUUGGUGAAAGCAAAUAAAUGCUUGUUUGUAAUUCGAAAGCUGAGGAAUGAAGGAUACAGUCAAGACGAAUUAGAUCUUUGUAGGUCACUGGUCCUGUCCCAACUUACCUAUGGCUUAUCAGUAAUUGCUGCAUCACCACCGGAGUUAACAACUAUUCAAAACGUCUUAACUCGUUGCUACAAAAGAAGAUACACAUCGGAACAAAUAGAUAUUAAUAUACUGUUAGAGCAGACAGAUAGAAAGCUGUUUGAAAAGCUGUGUAAACAAAACAAUCAUCCGUUAAGAGAAAUUUGUCCAAAAAUUAAAGAAUAUACAGUUAAACUUAGAACACAAGAGGCACUGUGGCCAAACAUUUCUACCGAGCGUUUUAAAAAUAGUUUCAUCAAUAGAUGUAUUUUAAGAUAUAAUUAA